AUGUCAGCUGAGCCGCCUACUUUGCAAGCGCGUAUCUGCGAACUUGAGAACAAAUUCAAAACAGUUGAGCAGUUGAAGACGCAGAUUGCGAACAGGAUCCAGGAGCUGUCUGCCUCGGAAGAGCGCGUCGCCAAACUCGAGAAGAGGCUCCAAGAUGUGCAGACUGCCACCGUCAAGGUUGACGGGAGGCCAGGGAGUAGUAGGAAAUGUCGUCGUGUAUUGGUCACGGACUGGAAACAAGGAUUUGGGAAUAGCCCCUUGAGUCUAACGACAAGGAUGUCCUACUAUGGCACCAACCGAAUCAUCCAGCAAGCCUUGACAGAUCGCCGGCGUAGCAGGAACACCGAAUAG